AUGAUUGCAAUCUUACUUUUGGUCGUUUUUGCGCGUGCGCAGCCAUUCAUCAACAUGUACGGACAACAGCUCCCAUACGUCGAGGAACAGGAAUCGUUCAGAGCGGAGCAAGUUUUACACGGAUUGAACAUGAAAUUCAUGCAAUUGAGAGAGGAGUUAUACAGAUCGAAAUUUGAUCUUCGUGCGACACAGAGGAGAAGAUACUUCAGCAACUCGCCAAUGGAAUUGUUUGGAUCAGAGCAUGAGCUUCAGUUCAUGCAACUCAAGGAGAUCAGACUCACCCGUACGAUCAACAUCAUCUUGAAACAGAUGGCUCAUGUUUUGGUCCACUUGUCACCACAAGACAGAAACAUGGUUGUGAUGCAUCUUGGCAUUCCAAGAUCUACCAUUUCAGCAAUGAAGAAGGCUCUUAAGACAAAAAUACCAGACGUUCCUUCAAUGGUACCAAUGGUCGGUCCACAAAUGCCAUUUUUCUAA